AGUUGAUGUUUCUCCAUUUAAACAGCCAGAAUCGAUUCUAUACGGAAUAUCAGUGUUUCAUAGGAACCUUUAUCAAAGCUAAGCCAUGAUUUACGUGUAGCUGCUUCAUAGAAAUAAGGUGGAUUUUGUGAAUCUGUGUAAAUAAGAGUCAGUGCUGGAGAUCAGAUUCUGUUUCAUCAUGGAUCACACACAAACAUCCACAGAUGAAGAGUUUUCUCCAGGAUGCAGUUCAGUUCAGCAGAAGAGAUCAGAAGCAGAGUCCAGCUGUGUGUCUCUGAGGAGUGACGGGUCUAUGGGUCAUAUAAUAAAUUUUAAGAGUGGAGAUACAAAGACUGAUCUCAGUUCAGUUCAUCAGAAGAGAUCAGAAGCAGAGUCCAGCUGUGUGUCUCUGAGGAGUGAAGCGUCUGUGAAUCAAACAUUAGAUAAGAGUGAAGAGACAAAGACUGAUCUCAGCCAUGAAGUCCUCAACAGGUUUAGAUCAAAUCUGAUGAAGAAGUUUGGUCGUCUGAAUGAGAUCUACACAGAGCUCUACAUCACAGAGAGUGAGAGUGGAGAGAUCAGUAAUGAGCAUGAGGUGAGACAGAUUGAGACACAAUCCAGGAGAGCAGCAACAGAGGACACAGCCAUCAAAUGCAAUGACAUCUUUAGACCUUUACCUGGACAAGACAAAGCCAUCAGAACUGUGCUGACAAAGGGAGUCGCUGGCAUUGGAAAAACAGUCUCUGUGCAGAAGUUGAUCCUGGACUGGGCUGAAGGGAAAGAGAAUCAGGACGUCCAGCUCAUAUUUCCACUGCCUUUCAGAGAAAUCAACCUGAUGAAGGACAAAACACUCAGUCUUUCAGAUCUUCUUCAUGUCUUUUUCCCUGAGACUAAAGAAAUGGAAAUAUCCAGUGAUGAAUAUAAAGUGUUGUUCAUCUUUGAUGGUUUGGACGAGUGUCGUCUGUCUCUGGACUUUCAGAGCGCUGUGAGGUUGUGUGAUGUAAGUGAAUCAGCCUCAGUGGACGUGCUGCUGAUGAACCUGAUUGUGGGGAAUCUGCUUCCCUCUGCUCUCAUCUGGAUCACCUCCAGACCAGCAGCAGCUGAUCUCGUCCCCUCUGAGUGUGUCCAUCGAGUGACAGAGGUACGAGGCUUCAAUGAGCCACAGAAGCAGGAAUACUUCAGGAAGAGAAUCAGUGAUCAGAGUCUGGCCAAUACAAUCAUCUCACACCUGAAGUCAUCAAGGAGCCUCUACAUCAUGUGCCACAUCCCAGUGUUCUGCUGGAUCUCAGCCGCUGUUCUGGAGAAGAUGUUGAGUCCAGCAGAGAGUGGAGAGAUUCCCAAGACUCUCACUCAAAUGUACACACGCUUCCUGAUCCUUCAGACCAACAUCAAACAUGAGAAGGACUAUGAGAAGAAGGUGACAGAUGAAGACAUGAUCCUCAAACUGGGGAAAGUGGCUUUUCAGCAGCUUGUGAAAGGAAACCUGAUCUUCUAUGAGGAAGACCUGAGAGAGUGUGGCAUUGAUGUGACAGAAGCAUCAGUGUACUCAGGAUUGUGCACUCAGAUCUUCAGAGAGGAGUUGGGCUUGUAUCAGGGGAAAGUCUUCUGCUUUGUUCAUCUGAGCAUUCAGGAACAUCUAGCAGCUCUAUAUGUGCAUCUCUCCUGUACAAACAACAAGAGAAAUGUGCUUGAAAUCACCAAACAGAAAUCACAGUCAAAAGUAAAGGACCGGUUUCAACGCAUUUCAUCAAAACAUGUUUCAUUAUCUGAGCUGCAUCAGAGAGCUGUGGAUGAGGCUCUACGGAGUAAAAAUGGGCAUCUGGAUCUUUUCCUGCGGUUCCUUCUGGGUUUGUCAGUAAAGUCUCAUCAUAUUCUCCUACAAGGACUAAUGAAACAGACAAAAAGCAGAUCUGACAGCAAUAAGAAAACAGUUAAGUACAUCAAGAAGAAGAUCAGGACCAUUGGCUCUCCAGAGAAAUCCAUCAAUCUGUUCCACUGUCUGAAUGAACUGGGUGAUCGUUCACUAGUGGAGGAAAUACAACAGUAUCUGAAAUCUGGAAGAAUAAAUGAAGCCAAACUCUCUUCAUCUCAGUGGUCAGCUUUAGUUUUUGUGUUGUUGACAUCAGACGAGGAACUGAACGAGUUUCAUCUUGAUAAAUUUGUUAAAAGAAAGAAUAAGCCUGAAAAUAUGGAAGUUCUUCAGAAGCUGCUGCCUGUGAUUAAAGAAUCCAGAUCAGUUCAGUUGAGUUAUUGUGGCAUCACAGAUGAAGGUUGUGCUGCUCUGGCUUCAGCUCUGAGAUCAAACCCCUCACACCUGAGACACCUGAAUCUGUCUGAGAAUAAACUAGGAAAAUCAGUGAAUCUGCUCUCUGAUGUACUACAGGAUCCUGACUGUAAACUGGAGAUACUGUGGUUGAGGGAUUGUGGUGUCACAGAUGAAGGUUGUGCUGCUCUGGCAUCAGCUCUGAGAUCAAACCCCUCACACCUGAGAGAUCUGAAUCUGUCUGGAAAUAAAAUAGGAGAUUUGGGUGUGAUUCUUCUCUGUGUUGUACUGGAGGAUCCUCGCUGUAAACUCGGGAAACUGUGGUUGAGGGAUUGUGGCGUCACAGAUGAAGGUUGUGCUUCUCUGACUUCAGUUCUGAGAUCAAACCCCUCACACCUGAGAGAACUGAGUCUGUCUGGGAAUAAACUAGGAAAUUCAGGAGUGAAGUUACUGUCUGAUCUGAAAGAUGAUCCACAUUAUAAACUGGAGAGAUUAGACUGGUUCUAGGACUCUCAGUAUUUAUACGUCAGUCCAGUUUCCUCAGGAUCAGCUGAUGGUGAAUAAGGAGCCGCUACAGAGACGUCAGUCACACAAUCAACAGAGACAGAAGACACAGAGACACACAGCAUCACAGAAAGUUAAAACACAGGGCUUAUAUAGGCAGAGUUAGCAAUGGCAGGUGUGAAAAUCACUACAAUAUUGUAUUUUUUAUUUAAACCGGAACCAGUAGCAUUUUUUUUUUGCACAUUUGCAUUGAUGUUAUGCCUUGAGACACUAACGUCCAAAAGAAGUUUGAGCUGUAAGGGUGGAUAUUUGAGGAGCCCAGGUGAAAAAUAAAUAUAUUUAAAUUGUGCUUUUUCAGACACACUUAAUAUAUUUAAACUAUACUAUACUAAGUGCAUAUUAAAUGUAUUAUUUUGAAACAACUUUAAGUAUAUUAAGUGUAUUUCAAGAUAUGUUUAAGUUCGAUUUUAAUCUAUUUGCAAUAUAUUUAAUAUAUUGAAAUUGUGUUAAAAUGGCACCACUUUAAGUAUAUUUAGUGCAAUUUAAGUGUAUUUCUUAAUAUAGAUCAUCAUAACUGUGUAUUUUGAAAUUCAGAAAUAUACAACUUGUCCCUUGUACAUUUUCUUGUACUUAAUCUAGUCUAACAUUUGAGUGUGUAACCUUUGUAUGUAUGUGUUUAUUUUUAUUAAAAUGUGUCAUC